UUUUCUUUUCUUUUUUUUUUUUCUCUCACAAUAAACAUUGAUGUUUGCUAGAUCUUUCCGUGUUAUCUCUCCUCGCUACCUACCCAAGCGUUUUAUAUCUACAGACCAAAGUAACAGAGAGGCGUUUUUAGAGCAUCUGGAAGGAGGUAUUGCUGUACUUCAAUUGAACCGUCCUGCCUCGAGAAAUGCUUUAUCUGUCAGAUUAGUGGAUGAAUUUAGAGCCUCAUUGGCUGAAGUACGCUUCUCUGGGGAAUCAAGAGUUUUGAUCAUUAAGAGUGCUGUUCCUGGCGCCUUUUGUUCUGGUGCCGAUUUAAAAGAACGUGCAAAUAUGACUCCUGUUCAAGUAAGUCAAUUCCUAUAUAAUCUUCGAAAGGCAUUCAGAGACUUGGAGACACUUCCAAUUCCUACCAUUGCAGCCAUUGAUGGCCCAGCAUUUGGUGGAGGAUUAGAAAUGGCACUAUCUUGUGAUAUUCGUAUUGCUGGCCCAUCUUCUAAAAUGGGACUGACAGAAACUAAGCUGGCCAUUAUUCCAGGUGCUGGAGGAACACAGCGAUUGCCUAGAUUGAUUGGCGUUUCUAAAGCCAAAGAACUCAUUUUUACCGGAGAGAUUUUAGAUUCAAAUAGAGCCAAGGAAUAUGGAAUUGUCAAUCAUGCAGCUGAGAAUAGUGCAUAUGAGAAGGCACUUGAAAUUGCAAAAUCGAUCUUGCCUCAAGGACCUAUUGCCAUUCGUAUGGCCAAGUUAGCUAUUGAUCGUGGUAUUCAUUUGGAUAUGGACUCUGGUUUGGAAAUUGAGCAGUCUUAUUAUGCUCAAGUUAUACCAACAGAGGACAGAUUAGAAGGAUUGAGGGCAUUUAAAGAAAAGAGAAAGCCUGUUUAUAAAGGAAAAUAAACAAUAGA